GAUACAGCCAGGACUGGUGUAGAGUAUAGAGACUGUAUAGAGACAUCACUGACUGUGUAUAACCAUGACUUACUUUUCUUUUUUUCCAGCUGAAACAUGGACUCUUCUAAUUAUAUUUAUCGGCUUAUUAACUGUGUAUGGUUAUUGGCCAUACGGUAUCUUUAAGAAACUCGGAAUUCCAGGUCCGAAGCCUUCACCAUUCUUUGGCACAAUUCUUCAGUACGGCAAGGGUUUCUCUCAAUUGGAUAUGAGUAAUUUCAAGAUGUAUGGCAGACUUUGGGGAUUUUAUGAUGGCAGACAACCCGUUUUGUCCACGAUGGACACAAGCAUGAUCAAAACAGUUCUGGUGAAAGAAUGCUUCUCCUACUUCAUUGACAGAAGGGUUUUCCGCUUCAAUGGUCCCCUCAACGAUGCAGUCAACAACGCUCGUGGUGAAGAGUGGAAACAGAAACGUAGUUUGAUCUCCCCUUUGUUCAGCAGUGGCCGCAUUAAACAGAUGCUUCCAUUAAUGAAGCAACAUUCUGAUAAAUUAGUUCAAUGUCUCCAGGGGAUUGCUAACCACGAUGAAGCUGUUGAUGUCAGAGAGUACUUUGGCUCGUACUGUUUGGAUGCUCUUGCAAAUAUUGCCUUAAAUAUUGACAUAGACUCACUCAAUAACCAAAAUGAUCCCAGCGUUCUUAAAAUAAAGAAGGCAUUUGUCCUUACGUUUGAGAAUCCAGGAUUUUUUUUAUCAGCUAUAUUUCCCAUCUUGAAUCCCCUCCUGGAGAAAGCUGGUCUUUCCAUGUUUCCAAAAGCUGAACUGGCGUUCCUUUUAUCUGCAGUCAACAAAGUAAAGUUGGAUCGAGAAAAAAAUGUUGACAAGAAUCCAAUGGAUUUUCUGGGACUGAUGUUAGAAUUUCAGUUACCAGAAAUGGCACAUGGAACAAAUGAAAACAGACCAAUCAAAGGUCUAACACACCAUGAGAUCUUAUCUACAGCUGUAACAUUUCUGGCUGCUGGUUUUGAGACCACCAGUAAAUCUCUUACAUUCCUGGUAUACUGCCUGGCAACCAACCCUGAUGUCAUGAAAAGAUUGCAGGAUGAGAUUGACAAAGUGUUCCCGAACAAGUCCCCAGUGACAUAUGAGCAGCUGGUUCAUUUGGAGUACUUGGAUAUGGCUUUAAAUGAGUCUCAGAGGCUAUAUCCUAUUUCUCUUCGCGUGGAAAGGCUCUGCACAGAGACCAUCGUUGUCAAUGGGGUGACCAUACCCAAAGGAACUGUUGUCACGAUUCCAGUGUAUGCCUUGCACCGUGACCCUGAACACUGGCCGGAACCUGAAUGCUUCAAUCCUGAAAGGUUUAGCAAGGAGAACAAGGACAGCAUGGAUCCCUAUGCCUUUCUGCCUUUUGGUGCUGGCCCUCGGAAUUGCAUUGGAAUGAGGCUUGCAGUUGUUCUCAUGAAACUUGCUAUCGUUCAGGUGCUUCAGCACUUCAGCAUUGCUGCAUGCCAAGAGACGGAGAUAUCACUCCAGUUGGACAAAUCACCUCUUGCUGGGCCUGUGAACCCAAUAAAAGUGAAGUUUGUCCCACGUUGCCGUACUACAGUAUGAAAGAGGAAUGAAGCCUAGUCGGGGAGAUCUCCAGUCCUGUUUUCUGGCCUGCUUUAAUUCACAAACAUACCAAGUGUUGCUAGCGCGCUCGCUCCAUGAAAGACAACAAUGUACAAAUCAAACUUAAAUAUAAAAUAAAAACAUCUGGAGAUGUCUUGCAUACUGCACUUUCAGUGCUGCCUGUAGCGUAGUGGUCAAGGUAAAUGACUGGGACAAGCAAGGUCGGUGGUUCUAAUCCAGGGGAGGAUUGUCUCCUGCUUAGUCUAAUCAACUGUAUGUCACUCAGGAUUAGAGCGUCUGCCAAUAAUGUAAUGUAAGAAAGGGAAAUUAAAUUGUCGACAUGGAAAAUCCUAUAAUUUGAUUGGUUCUAUCUAGAGUCAAAUUGAUUGGAAUUGUAAUAUCCAACUGGAAUGCAGGUCUACACAACUUUAGAUAACUGACCUUGCUUUAUUAGUUGAGCCCAUCCCAGGAAGUUUGUUUGGCCAAGUUCGGAAAUUACGUAGUGGCAUCAGACAGUGACAAAUGAGGCAGCGAUUACGCCGCCAUGCUUUUUUUCCACCACAAAUCUUUCUUUGCAUUAACGCAUGCUGUGUGAUGGCACUUUUCCAGAAUAAGCAAGUGUGAAUACAUAAGAGAUAAAUAAUUAUAAACAUGUGAUUCAUACUUUCAUCCUAUUCAUAUCAAUAGACGUGAAGUGUACACUGUCAUAUACACUGAUGUAUUCCCAUGCAAAUAACUGUCCUGAGUUAUCUAAAUUGAUCAACUUUCCUGUAUG